AUGUUUCAAAAUUUCGUUGUUUUAUUCACAACGCGGCCUCUCGGGGCCGCUGGACGCUUCCAUCCGAACGCGGCGCGUAGGAACCUCAUGGAUAAGAAAUUCAGCGGGGGACUCCCUCUCCCCUCAAUCUUCUCCCAUCCACUUGUGUCUGGAUCAAAUCCCUUCCGCGCAAGAAACCUAGGCAAUCCCGCAGAUCCUCAGUCGAAGAAUGUCCCCAACCCUCCCCAAUCUAUCCCCACCAUAGCAAACGGCUAUCUGGGGAAGUCAUCUAUAUCCCUCGAGCUCGAGGUAGACGACUCAAGCUCAGAUGAAAACCCGUCCAACCCGGACGCCUUGGCCAGCGACAGCGAGGGCAGCCACUCUGCCUCCAAGAGCUAA